AACUUCUGCCUGAACUGGUGCAAACAGCCUGACAUUGGACUCCCGAAGCCGGAUCUCAUUCUGUUCCUCCAGUUGAGUCCGGAAGAAGCAGCGGAACGAGGGAACUUUGGAAACGAACGUUAUGAGAACAGCUCCUUCCAACAGAAAGUUCUGCAGUCCUUCUAUCAUCUGAUGAGGGACAAGACGUUAAACUGGAAGAUAAUGGAUGCAUCAAAGAGCAUAGAAGACUUGCACAGAGAAAUCAAGGCUGUCACAGAAGAAACCAUGCAGGAGGUUCAGAAUAAACCUUUGGGAGAACUCUGGAAAUAA